GCAGGACACGGCCCUCAGCAUGACAGAAGAGGUGCCCGCAGCAGCCACCAUGCCGGCGUGCAACGGGAGCGUUCCCCCGGGGGACGGCCCGCUCCAGGGCAUCGGCGGGAGCGACCAAACGCCAAAAUCUGCUGGGACGGUCCCGUGUGCAAACGUGGAAACCAGCUCUGAUGCUCCACCUGCAAAGGAAGCUCUGGAGGAAAACAGAAAUUCAUUGGCAGAGGACAUCGCUCCGGGGGAUUCUGCUGGAGAGAAGCCAUGCCGAGAAAAGCGAGAGGAGAAGGAUGGGAUGCUACAGCAGGGAGCAGCGGAUAUCCAGGACACAGGGACCGAUGGCCAGGGAUCAGGGGAAGGUAAUGCAAAACACUGUCUGAUGUGGGGUUUCCCUGACACGUAUGGGCUCCUGCCUGUCUCUUUGGCUUUGGCAGUGGUGGGACAAGGGGCUGAUCCCAGAGGGGACGUGGCCGAGGAGGAUGCGGAGGAUGCAGAGGAGGAGGACACCGAGGAGGACGAGGUUCAGGUGAUCGAAAUCAAGAAGGAGGACAGCGAGGCGUCCCGCCUGCAGCAGCGGGACAGCUGCAAGGAGCCGUCUGCCCCUGCCAGCCCUGGCUGCAACUCCCCGCUGGAGAAACCCGGGGAGCAGCCCAGCCUGGGCAAAAAGAAUGACAUCUCCAGACACAGCUAUUCCAGAUACAACACAAUCUCCUACCGGAGGAUCCGGAAAGGAAACACCAAACAGCGGAUCGAUGAGUUUGAAUCCAUGAUGCACUUAUGAACUGAGGGGGAAUUGCCCAGUGCACCAAGCCUUCCCUCCGGGUUUGGGUUUAUUUAGUUCCCCCAAGACAUGUCUCUUCACACAACGUGAGGUCACUGCUUUUCUCCUUUUUGUACGUGAUUUAUAAUACACUGUGAAAAUUUAACAUCUUGGCUUUGACAGGGGCAGAGGUGUCUAUAGUGCAGGAAAAUAAAUAAUCAGUUUGCUAAAUACAAA